AUGCCAGCUUCUGGCGAGCGAGAGCGUUCCAAUCGCAAAGGACAAUACUCGUGUAACUUCUGCCGCUCACGCAAACUUCGCUGCGAUCGACCACUGCCAUGCACAAGUUGUAUAUCGCGAGGAAAAACAUGUCAGUUCGAUCCUACACCGGCGGUUCUCAAAGCUCAAAACCUUCCCACACCCGCAUCAAUCGGAGUCACGCCUGAACAUCAACAACCACAGCAGACUGUGCAGACGCCUUUACCUCAAUCAGGAAGUUCUGGACUUCUGAAUGAAGUAAGGCUGCUGCAGACUCAUGCAAAAGAGUUGGAGGAGCGUAUCGCUCAGAGUACUGUUCCUAUCCAACAUCCAGGUCAUAGUAAUGGCAAAGCCUUCCAGUCAUCUUUCGGUCAUAGUCCUGCGCAGGAAUACUCCAAGGCGACCGAAUUAUCAGAUAUUCACGAAACAGGCGACGUAGUUGAUCACCUUGAGCGUGUCUCCAUGGGCCAAAGCUCUCUCCAACUUUUCCACACAGAUGAUUUGGUCUUCAAAGCUGGACAGAUCCGAUUAGCAUCACAAGCGCCUACUUACAUGAUACAAAACGGGAAACCAACGCCAUGUAUAUGGCUACCACUACGAGAAGAGGCCAUGUCACUCCUCGACUACUACGUUACUGAGCUCAACUACAUUCAGCAUGUCACGCACUAUCCCUCGCUACCAGCUGUUUUCGACGAGGUGUACCGCCGGAUCGAAAACUAUGAGCCUGUUCAGCCAGGCAAGGUUAUUCUUCUGCUUAGUAUCGUUGCUCAUACGACGCACGUAUGGACAGCGCUGAACGGGCUGAACAUUGAGAGCCCUUUGUUUGUUUCUUCCUCGCAAGCACGUUCCCAGACGUCCAUGUGGAUCAAAGCUACAUAUAAUGUACUCAAUGCCUCCCAAGAUGAUCACUCGCUAGCUCUAGAGACUGUACAAGGCCUUGUCAUCCUAUCAUACGUCAUCUGCAACAUAGAGGGUGUCUCGCUACGAUAUCGCUCCUUGAUUUCCACGGGCCUGUUACUGGGUCGUGAAAUGGGUCUUCAUCGAAUAGAUCAUGAGUCCAACACUACUACGGCAUCAACGCUUAAGGCAGAGGUUGGCCGUCGUGUCUGGUGGUAUCUAACUGCUACAGAUUGGCUACUUGCAGCAAGAUAUGGUGGCCCUGGCGAAGGCGUAUACCAAUCCAACCCGCUGCAUAUGAAUGUCAACAAACCGCUGAACAUCGAUGACGCAGACUUACUUGCCAAUGGACCACAACCAUCUUUACCAUUGUCGCAGCAAACGGAUAUGUCAUACUUUCUUCAGCGAAUCCGUCUCGCAGAGAUCUCACGGAACAUUAUGGAUCAAAUCAGCUCCGAUCCGUCCAAUCGCCACGCUCACGUUAUGGCAAUGGACCAUGAGCUCGUCGAGAUGAUGAACAAGAUACCAGCAUUCCUCCAGCUGGACAACUACCAAGAUACCAUCUCCUGCAGCGAAACCGACAGCAGCCUCUUCGUCCAAGCCUACUUCCUCAACACACUCCUCCACACUCAGCGAUGCAAAUUUCACCUCACCUCCCUCACGCGUAUACCCACCACCAACCUGACAUACGCUUCUUCUCACGCCGCAUGCAUCCACUCAGCACGCCAGCUACUUCAUAUCGAAACUGUUCUCCUACACUCCCAACAUCCUUUUGCCUGCCGCCCUCAGCGGCCUCCGGCCGGUCUGUAUAGCAUCUUCAUCGCCACCAUCGCCUUACUCAUGGACACAUGUCUCAACAGACCAAGUGAGAUACAAGCCGAGCUCCAAGGAAGUAGUUUGAUGGAUGGACUACAGAUGAUAGCAGACGCGAGAGAAGAUUCACUGGCAGCGGCGAAGUUAUACGAGUCGCUCAUGCAGAUCGUAGGGAGAUAUCGAGAUACUCAGCACUCAGUAGAAGAGAAUGUGAUUCGGACCGGUAACUGUACAACUGUAGAGACUCUCCCAGUAUUGCCCUCGGAAAUUUUGCGAGAAGGACAGCCGUCUUCCCAAAUCAACGAAGUAAUACAUCUGGAUCUGAUUGAAUGGGACGAUCUGUUCUCUAAUGUUUCUUCGUCGCCGUUUUUCUGA